CCAUCUUUCUUUUUGACGGGACCUGUCAAGUGACCAAAACAAGCACGUGUAGUUUUUGUGCAAAAUGCGUAUAGAAACUUGUUAUUUCUGCUCCUCCAGGAUAUAUCCUGGCCAUGGAAUCCAAUUCGUCAGAAAUGAUUGCAAGAUUUUCAGAUUUUGCCGUUCAAAAUGCCAUGCAGCGUUUAAAAAGAAAAAGAAUCCGCGUAAAACUAAAUGGACAAAGGCGUACCGUAAAACAGCUGGCAAGGAUUUGGCCAUAGACCCGUCAUUUGAGUUCGAAAAACGGAGAAACGUACCAUUGAAAUACAACAGAGAAUUAUGGACUAAAACCAUUGAAGCUAUGAAGAAAGUAGAGGAAAUUCGACAGAGAAGAUCUAACAACUAUAUUAUGCAGAGACUAAGGAAAGGACGUGAAGUGGAGUGGCAGAGAGACGUCAGAGAAGUUCAGAGAGAUAUUUCUCUUAUCAGAUCACCGGCAGCAGGUCUCAAACAAAGACAAGCCGAAGAAGAAAUGGAGGUAGAGCCGGAAACUCUGGAAGUUAUUGACUCCAAGGGCCGCAAGCAGGUCAUUGAGGCACCAGUCAUGGUGCCAGCCACUGGUGAAAUGAUUGAGGAUGGUGGAAAUGUAGACUUAUAAACUGUACCUUGACUCCUGUAUCGUAAUCAAAGUGCUCACUGGUUGGCAUCGGUCUCGUCAUGAAUACUUUGAACUUUUAUCUCAUUAGAUUUGAUAACAUAAAAUGUCAAUGUAAGUGUUUAUUUAUUAGUCAAGAGCAUAAACCAUACCAUUUGUAAUAUAAGACAUGUCAGUAAUGUUAAAAACAUUGCCCUAAAAUUUACUAUACUUAUUGAAACAGGUCAGCUAUUAUUACAGAUUAUCCUCUGCCGUACAAUAUUCAGCAUUACUUAGUCAAAAUGUGUCAGUAAAAACAAAUAC